AUGCUGGAAGGUGCUAAUUACCCAUACUGGAAACCCAAAAUGCGAGCAUUCUUGAGGGCGGUGAAUGAAAGAGUUUGGAUGGCCAUAGAAGAUGGUUGGACAUGCCCAACGAUGAUGGAUAACGGUGUCACCAAACCAAAACCUACGAGCUUGUGGACUCCAGAUGAGAUGGAGAGGGCCAAUUUUAAUUCGAAGGCCAUGCAUGCUUUGUUCAAUGCAGUGUCCACAAAUCAAUUGAAGGUCAUUGCAAACUGUGAGAUGGCCAAAGAGGCUUGGGAAAAACUACGAAUUAAAAAUGAAGGAACGGAUGCUGUAAAGAAAUCCCGUCUUCGUGCUUUGGCAAAAGCGUUUGAAGAUUUAUCAAUGGAGGAAGAAGAAACGGUGGCUGAGUUCCAUGCUAAAUUGUGUGACAUAUCAAAUGAAUCUUAUGCUUUGGGAAAGACUUAUUCUAAUGCAAAGCUGGUUCGUAAAGUCCUUGGAGUUCUACCUAGGAGAUUUAUGUCUAAAGUAACCUCCAUUGAAGAAAUGAGAAACGUGGAGGAACUGGAUCUUGAUGAACUGAUUGGAUCCUUGCAGAAUUAUGAAAUGUCAUUAACAAGGUGGAAGAAAGAAAAAAAGAAGAUGGAUGUGAACAAAGAAAAAGGGGACAACAAUAUUGCGUUCAUUCACAAAGAAGAAAAUAAGUCUAUCCCAGAUUUGUCUGCUGGUUUCUCAGAUGAAGCUGUAGAUUUGCUGACCAAGAACUAUGCAAAAUUCUUGAAAAAGAAGUACAAGAAACUGUGUUCUGAAGGUAAGAAAAAUGCUUCCAAAAGAGAUCCUCUUGGGAACUUCUGGCAUGGUCAGCAACCCAGUGACAAUAAGAGCAUGGGCAUUCAGUGUAGAGAAUGUGAUGGGUUCGGACACAUUCAGGCCGAGUGUGCUAACACUCUCAAAAAGAAGAAAGCCCUUGUUGCCACCUGGAGCGAUAGUGACGAAGAAAAAGACUCUAUUGCAAGCAAAAGUUCUAAUGAGGAUAAACAGGUAGUGGCUUUCAUGGCUCAAAGUCAUCAGUCUGUUGAAUCUGAGGAUGAUGGAGUCUCCACUGUGUCUGAAGUCGACAGUAAUGGAAGACAAAAUGCAUAUGAAGAGAUGUUUGCUCAAUGGGAAUAUAUGACCAAGCAGAUUAGAGGUCUGAAUAGUGCCAAUGAGAAGAUAGAGUCUGAAAAAGACAAUGAGAUCUACAAGCUUUCAGCUGAACUCGCUAAACAGGCUUUAGAGUUUAUCCCUCCAGGAACGGCUGCCAUCAAUCAAACUCUUCAACUUCAAAAACCUUAUGGUGAUCGAACCUCUAUCGGAUACAAGAUGUUGUAUAAGCAAGGAGAUAACUUGGGGGUAGAAGAGUCCAUUACACCAGUGAUCAACCUAGACAAAAAGGAUGACAAGCAAUCAUCAUUUCCCUCGACACCUCAGUCCUCAGACCCCACUGGAAAAUUCCAUGUUCCAUCUGGACCUACCUAG